CAAACAUUAUUAAAAGAGGAGGACUUGUAAAUUGCAAAAAGCAGCUUGCACAUGCAAGUAUGUAUGUGGGUUUGUCCUUUACUUAACCUCUUGUCUCCUAUAAAAACCACCUAAAUGUUUCCAUGUUUAUGUAUCCCAAAGCUCGAGAGAAAACAGAAGAAAAUAUUAAACAGAAAACACCAGAAAUCAAAGUAGAAAGAGAUGAUGAAGUUCAAGUCUAAGAGAUUUGGGAUUAGAUUUGGUUUUGGUAAAAGAACCAACAACAAAGGCACACAACAAGAUCAACAGCAAAAGGGAUUGGGUAAUAGCAACAACAAUAUUAGCUGCUGCAAUAAUGAAAUCAAAUGGGAACUUAGACCAGGAGGUAUGCUUGUUCAAAAAAGACAAGAGAGCAUUGGUGAUGACUUGAUCUCCAUUAGAGUCUCUACUUUUGCUAAUUUUCAUGAUCUAUCCAUUGAAGCAACCUCCACUUUUGGAGAACUUAAGAUGGUACUAUCACUGCUUACCGGUUUAGAGCCAAAACAACAAAGGCUAUUAUUCAAAGGGAAAGAAAGAGAGGAUGAUGAAUAUCUACACAUGGUUGGUGUUGGAGAAAAAGACAAGGUGUUGUUGUUAGAAGAUCCUGCCUUCAAAGAGAAAAAGCUUCUUGAUCGUAACAACAUUUCCGCUUCUUGUCUCACUAUAAUCGUAUAAACAACUAAACAAAUUUGUCAAAUUAGUUGUUUGUUAAGUACUUCUAAGUAAAAUAUAAAAGCAGCCAAGAAUAGUUACUAGAUAGGAUUGUCAUACAUAAUGCACUAUACUAAUCAUAUAAAUUUCUAUAUUGAAUUUGUAAAAUUAAUGUUUACAUGUAAUAUAUUUUAAGGUUUUCAGAAAGUUUCAUA